GAUGUACGAACAACCAAAAAAGAAGCUCACCACUCAGUGCGAGAACAAACUUUUACGCGAGCUCAUCAUCGUCUCGGUCGUAUUCUUCACAUUCGUCGUGUCGUUGUCCGUCAGAGGAUCGUGAAGUGCAUUUUCCCGAAAAAAUUUACUACUCCAAAUUUCGGUCGGUUUUUUCGCUUUGGCUUUUCGAAUUCCGCGAUGCGAGGAAAGAAAUGACACAGGAUUAGUUGGAUUCGGCAUUAGUUUUUGUGUUUCUCUUGAUUCGGGGGAGUUUUCGCGUUUUUUCCGUCAGCACCAGUGACAGCAAGCAAGAAGAAUCGAGUGAGGAAAAAAAAGUGUGGAAGAGGCGUAGCGCAAGUAGAAGCAGAACGACGGACGGAAGGAACAGCAAGCGAGUGUGUGGAAGGAACGCCUCGGAAAAUCGGGAAACAAGCAGAAAAAUAGAAGAUUGUGAAGAUGUACAGUAAAAUGAAUGGAUAUCCAUCAUCUACAUUCAGGUCGAGUGGCGGCCGACUGUGGGGAAUGUCGCACUCGCUUCCAUCAGGAAUGUCGAAUUAUGCAUAUGGGCAGGAUUCAGAUUUCUCCUAUUCGUCGCGACCCCGAAUGUUUGACAUGCCUUCGAGUAGCACGUUCGGUGGCAACGCGCCGCAAACAUCGUCGUCGAGCACAAGUUCACUGUCCGGAAUGAACUUCGGCACCGGCAGCAACAAUGCGGGAACCAAUCUGAUCGUCAACUAUCUGCCCCAGGACUUGACCGAGCGCGACCUAUACUCGAUGUUUUCCACCAUGGGCCAAAUCGAGACCUGUCGGAUCAUGAGGGACGUUAAGACCGGUUACAGUUAUGGAUUCGGUUUCGUGAACUUCCUGUCCGAAGAUGCGGCACAACGCGCAAUCAGAUGUUUGAAUGGCUACUCCGUUCGGAAUAAGCGAUUAAAGGUUUCAUAUGCAAGGCCACAAAGCGACGACAUCAAGGAAACAAAUCUUUAUAUCACAAAUCUUCCACGAACAAUAACUGACGAACAGUUAGACAUUAUUUUUGGUAAAUAUGGUACCAUAGUACAAAAGAACAUCUUGCGAGAUAAACUGACUGGCUUUCCGCGAGGCGUUGCGUUCGUGAGGUUCAAUAAGAGAGAAGAAGCCCAGGAGGCGAUAUCAGCGUUGAACAAUGUAAUACCACAAGGUGGUACACAACCGCUGAUCGUUCGAGUGGCGGAGGAUCAUGGACGGGCAAAGGCUGCUCUCUACGUUCCUUCAUAUAACUCAAUAGUACAUAACAACCGAGCAAUUCUUCCACGGCAAAACUCGAUGAAGUAUAACGACAGAUCUAGCGGGCUAAUGAAAUCACAUCAUUCGCUAAUUUUUUACUAGCUUUAACCUUCAGACGAUGCUGUGCAUAUAUCGAUGAACCCUUUCUAUAGUUGGUUUAGUUAAAAACUCUAAUGGUUGCAAAAUUCGCGUUGUUCAUGAUAUAAAUAUAACAUUUCUUUACCCGUCGCCGUAAAAAAUAAAUCAAACAAAUUACACACAAGCGACAGUAAGAACAAACAAACCAGGUUAGUUAAUUAAAUAAGUAGUAAACAAGUUACGCCUCUAUUCAGCUAGCAAAAUCAAAACUUUGAUCCGCUCUCCUCCGUCAGUAGUUAUAAAAAAAAUCCCAUAAAAUAGACUAAGAAAAAUUCAAAACCGCCGGCGCUUCCAACUUAACAUCAACAUUUUCGCAAGCAGACAGCAUUUAUCGCACUUAUAAAAACAGUUGUUUUUUUAUAUUUUAGCUUGUUAAAAAUAGUAGAUAAUAAUUUAUUUUUGAAGCCAUAACAAAACAUUACUCUAUCGUUAUUUUGAUAUUUGUUUUGUAUUAGCUCGUUUGACCACUUAAAUUACGGAAGUGACUGUAAACCGUUCACUGCGAUGUGAUUUUUUCAAUAUAAGACAUAAAUAAUCAUACCUCAUCAUUCCCUCUUCUCCUACUAAAAAUGAACAUAAAAAUAUAUGAAAAGAAAACGAAUUAGAACAUCGUAGUUAAAAAUCUAUAACGAAAAAAAAAUGAGAGCCUAUAUUGCAAUAGUUUUAUUAAAAUCGAAUCAGAGUCUGAAGACACAUGAAAACACUGUACAUUCGUAUGAAUUGACCCUAUAAAUGACUACUGUAUUGAGAAAUUUACGUGUCUUGUAUUCCAUAUUCUUACAAAACAAAACAAAAAUGCUACAUAGUAUAUUUAUGAAUUUUAGCGUUUCCUACCACAUCAAUAUCCUAUAUAUUUAUAUUUAUCGUGUGUUCGACAUGUAAAACCAAAGUUGAAAAGAGUGUUAGAAAAAGAUGAUUAUUGAAAGAUUAGCAAAUAAAAUGAUAAUUUACGUUAGUUUCCGGUGAUGACUGAUUGCCGUCAUGAAAAGUUUUUGAAGAACGAACUGUAGUUGACUUUGAGUAAAUAUAUGGUUCAAACAGUGAGAGAACCAACUGUACAGUUCAUAAAUUGAUACCACUUUUUGAUUGAUUGAUACUUUUCUGUUUUACAAGUUUUUAGAUCAAUUCUCAAGGAUGAAUUAAGAUAACACAUUUGUUUUUUUUUAUGGUCAUAAAUUUAUCAGAAAUCUAAGUUAUACUCUAAAUUGAUUGAAUGCAAAUAUUUUCAAAAAAUAAUACAAGGAAUUCAUAUUUUAUAAAACAAUCUAAAAACAUUGUUUUAGAAAAGUUUAUUCUGAAUUAAAAAACCUGAAAUGAUCAGCUGAAUACUGUGCCUAUCAACUGAUAUAGCCACUCUGGAACACCUACCACAGGUGCCGCCGCGGUCCCCUUGGAGCCACUUCUGAUUUACAACCGAAACAAGUCGUACGACGUAUAUCUUGAAUGACUGUGAAUUAUGCAUAUGUUUUCAUAAACUUGAUUCAUGAUUCCAGUGUAUUGCGCGUUUCGCCGCGCCGUAGAUUCUCGCGCAAAAAUGUGCAAAAUCACUCAUAGAUCGUCGCCAGUACAUCAAAUCAUAUUUGUGUCUUCCUCAAUAAAUGCGGAAAUCACCCAAGGAUUAACCGCGCAGAACAUACCGGAUCGAUAAAAUGCAAUUGCGCACAUCUAUUAGCGUUUUCGGAUAGCUUUGCGCGAUUUUUUUUUUUUUUUUUUUUUUGAUACGGAUAAUACAUGCUUCAUAAUACAGCCAUUCCAUAGAAAAACGAUAUAGUGCAACUCCGAUUGUCGUGAAACUUGGCGGGUUCGAAGUUCUUCGAAUAAAAUUAGACCCGUAUUUUUUCUAUUUCGUCAUUAGGGUGUUUCCUUUUUUUUGAUAGAUUGAAAAAAAAAACAGUGUGAUUAUUAGGCGCUGUCCAUAUGCUUCGUAUUUUGGGUAAUCUCAGAUUUUGCGCAAACACCUAAAAACUGUACACCUUUCGUCAAAGCGGGUUUCCUGGACUGCGCUGUUCAUGACUGUACCGUAAACGGAAAGAUCUAGAAGUGUCUACAGAAGCAUAUGUUUUCUCAAUAAAAGCAACACGAGGGCCCUACCAUCCCAGUAUAGUGUAUGAAGGUUUGAAAAGGAUCGGUCAUCUAGGUAAUUUUCUACAGCGUUGCAAUUGCGUUCUACGUGAUGCAGUUUGAGACACCCUUUAGAAAAACACGUUAAUGUUUAGAACCGCGUCAAUAGUGAUCAACGGAACUCCUCGAGAUGCUUCAAAGUCUUUGGCGUUGGUAGUUGAUCACAUCCUCGUGGCGAUCCGGAUGAGGGCACUCAUCCGGAUGAGGGCACUGCAGUGCACUGCUUAGACGUGUCUAAUGACCAUAGUGAUUUGCAGAACACAUUACGAUUCAGGGACCGUGUCGGAUGUGUCGGAUAGUCCACAUAGACCACAAAGAUAUGUCAGCAGAUUCCUUUGGAAUAAACGCUCUGGAAAGAUACACCCUAAAACAAAAGUACACAGCGAAUGAGUAACUUGCGAAAAGACAAAGAAUUUUUCACUCAUAUUAGCGUACGACUGGAUCAACAUAAAAAAUGUAUGAAAUUCAAAUAACUCAACGUACAUAUGUACAGAUGGGUAAAUUAUUGGUCAAAUUGGGAAAAAAUCCACAGCUCAGGUGAGAUUUGAACUCACGACCCUUAUUCGCUAGACAAGUGCUUUACCAACUAAGCUACCGAGCCAAUUAAUGACCCGGCAACUUAGUUGUCAUAAGGUUCAAUUCUAAUCUCAUCGAUCUAUAUCAUCUCCCCCUAAACCGCAAAUAUAACCAUCUCUGUUGUACAUAUGUA